AUGCCUGCCUCGUCCUCUGGUGCCGUGGAGAAGAGGAAGUCGCCGUUCCCGGUCGAAGCUGUGCAACUGACCAAGGAUUCAGUAAGGCACUCGGGAUCGCGGAGGGGCAGUGCCGCGUCAUGGCUGCACCCGCUGUCGUCCACCGAGGUCCCCGACUCGGAUCUUCCACACAACCCGCUCUUUUCCCGACAUGGAGUUCAGCUGACCAACAGCGACGACAUUGUUGUCGGUGGUGGCGGCGCCGGAUCCUCGAGCCUGCUCUCCGCAACGGAGAUCUCGCCCAUGCGAAUACGUGAAGCCAGCGGCCGUAAGUCGGGACUCGACAGCUCCAGCAUCACCUCCAGCAGCAAGCGAGAAGUCCGCAGCUGCCGCGGCUACGCACGGUUGACAGGGCUGCUAACCCGCCGAGGAGGUGAGGGGAAAUCGAGCAAAAACGUCGCCGUCAGCAGCACCUCCCAUUCGACGACGACAUGCUCGGGAGGUGCACCGCAGGGCACCGUAAUCGCCUCUCUCAGUAGCGCAGCGACGCGCAAUCCUCUUCAGCGCUCCUGCAACACCAGCGGCGAGGCGGACCUUAGCGAGGAAAUACGCCUGGAUGACGGUGGGUGCGACUGGCCCUCCACGCCGUCGCCAAAGACCGCCUCCGUGUCGCACAGGUGCGGGAGUAACAGUCCCAGCGGUGCCGUCGGCGUCGUACCAUGGCCGAGUGCCGUGAACAGCACCAUUCACAGUCGCAGUCGGCGUGAGCUCUGUGCCUCCCCGCUGGCCUCGCAAUCGUCCCGCCCCUCGCCGCACGCGACGCUGCGGCUGGACGGCGGCAGCGCUACAAACGGUGCCGGUCUCGACUCGAGCGGAGCGCAGUUCGUGCCUCUCGGGUCCUCAGAUCUGGCGAAUCGCAACGGCAGCCCGAACCGGCUGCAGCGAUCCUACUGCGGCGGCGUUGACGACGACAAGACGACUACAUCGUCCACUCUGCGGAAUCGGUCUCUCCGGCAGAAACUGAUCAGUGGCAGCUCUCUCUCCACGUCAGCAAGUCAGAGCCUUCUCCAGGUUGGGAGCACACGCGCUUCCCAGGGGCAGACGCCCCGAAAUACGGGUGACCCUGAUGCCUCCGUGCAUCUUUCAAAGAACGCGCGAAGCCUGCGAGACGCCAAGGCAGCGCUGCUGCGGCGCACGCAGCACGGGGCCGCCCAUUCCCUGCGCAGCUCUCGCACCCACAGCUUUCGACGUAGUCAAAGUAACGCCAGCACCGGCGGCGGUGACCCGUUGUCGCAGCGCGGCAGUAGGAUGCGUCCCAGCAGCCGAGAAAAGCGAUCCACGAACAGCACCAAGGGUGCCCUCGCCGGUGGCGGCCGUGUCGGGUCAGCGCAUUCCAUCGCGGCGGUUGAAGACGACGUGGUGCGCAUCAGUGUGCGGCCAGCCGGUUUGAACUCUCCGCUGACACACUGGGACAUAGACUUUCCCUUGACCACGGCGGUGCCUGACAUGGGUAGCGGCAAGUCAGAGCACAAUAUCUGUGUCAGCGGGGCGCAGCGUCGAUUUAGCCGCCCCGAGGACAACCCCCUGCUCGAGGUGAUGGAAACGUCGAGUUGCGCUUCACAGGGCUGGUACGAGGCUGGCAACGGCGCACCCUGGUGUCCUUCCACGGCGGAGCAGGCAACACGUAGUCGCAUCGCGGUCGCUGCCGGCUCGCUGAGCAAGUCUAUGGAGCGCCGAACUACUGGUUUGAGUCGCGACGGGAGCCCCUUCCAGAAGUCCUCCAGCACCCGCCGCGGUACCUUCUACCCGCCUCGCAUGCCGAGCGGCUUCCACUCACUCAGUCCAAACGGCGGCUACAGCAGCAGCACCGACAGCGAGGAGGAAAUCCGGCUGCGAGAGCGUCACCGCAAUCGCGUUGACGAGGUGCUGCGCCAGCUGAACGCGCCAAUGAAGUCGACGACCGUUGAUGAUGGACUGGUGGCGGCGAGUAUGCGCAACAACUCCUCCUACCCCUCAGCGAGGGACGCGUCCGUCGGCGCCGACGCAUCGCAGAUAGACAAUAACAACUCAAGCGCGUGGGUCGGCAUUGGCGGCCUUGACUGGGACGGUGGGCUCGUGGCGUUUUGUGCUUCUACCACCGGCGGUGGCAACGCAAAUAUGAGCACGACUGUGAACGCCAAUGGCGGUGGCGGCGGGGACGGUGGUGGGUGGCACGGUGUGGGCGGUGCAGCCACCACGGAGGACUGGUACGCGCGCAUGCGCAAAAGGUUGGAGGAGGAGGAAAAGGCUGAGGCGGUGGCCGCCGCUGUCAUUGCCCGCGAUGCGAACUUCACCUCUGCGGCUCCUCCAAGUGAAUCGGCGCCUACGCAUUCUCCCGCGACGACCAGCGGGAACCGUAACAAGGAUUCCACGCCGUCAGAGAUGCACAUGCCCGCCAUCGAUCGCGCCACGGCGUGCAACAGGCCUCUGCCCCUCCUUCGCUCCACCCGCAGCACCCGCGCCCCCUCCGCGCCCCCUGCACAUAGCAGCUUGCCGCCCGGAGAGUCGCAAACGGCGCCGCCAAUGUUGAACCAAACAUCCAAGCCAAAAAUUAGCCCUGGCGUGUCCUCGACUGGUGAGCGUUUUGUGCGGCGCCCGCAACCACCAGGUAUCCCCGCGCGGAUGCAGCUGAGCCACACAUGCGCUGCGCUAGGCAGCGCCGAUGGCGGGGCCGCGACCACACACCCUCACCCGCCGGAGGCAAGCGGCGCGAAAGAGGAUUCCGCGGCAGCGAGGUCACCUUCUAAGCGUCUGUCGCUCAAAUCGACCGCCGUGACAGUGCCUGUCAAUGCGGCCGAAAGUGCAGACAGCGCCGGAGCAGCGCCGUCGCCGGAGCUGGAGGUCAUGGAACCGCACCACCGCCUCAGCGCCUUUGAUCCAGAUGAUGGCAGCGUCAGCGGCAUGAGCGGCACAUCGACUGUGGCACCGCUGAUGUCGUCUGCAUCGAGGCAGCUGUCUGAAAAGCUCAUCGCGAUGCCGAGCACGAGCGCCAGCAUGGUUGACACAAGCCACUCCCAGUCCGACCUGCGACGUCAUUGCUCGCUUCCACGGAUAGUGCCAAAAGUGAGCAUGACUGUGCUGAAGCCGUCGCCGCCAGGGCAACACCCACACAGCACUAUCGCCACCUCAGUGCCGUCACGGGUGCACAAUGGCGUGCGACUCACACUUGUGCCGUCCAGUGCUGCCGCACAGUCUUCAGGGGGCAGCUCCGCGACGCCCACGAGAGAAGUGCCGGUCUCCGGCGUUGGUGCUACGACGCGCGACUCUGUAUGCACCGGGGCUGACGUGAAUGGCGGGCUGCGCUGCAACCCUUCAGCGCCGACCCUUAGGCAGGGUACUACCGCGAGAAAACAGCCGACGGCAGGCGCGCGCUCAACCGAAAACCCCACGAGCUCGUCGGGUGCGCCGGCCGUCGUUCUCACGUCGGCGCGUCUCUCCGACUCGUGA